AUGUUGCGGCCGGCGACCCCCCUAUCCGUCCUCUUCUUCGCCGCUUUCGUUCUAUUACUCCUUUCGACCUUGACCACGCCCAUCAUCCAAGCGAUACCGCUCGCGACUUACCAGGGCGUCAAUUUCGGAGUGUUUGGCUACUGCCAGGGGGACAGCUGUAGUGGCAUCCGGAUAGGAUACAGCACUGAUGGCCUCUUCCCACAAAAUUCCAAUGGCGACUUCUCUCUCCCCUCCUCAACCCGGCACUCGCUCUCCGCAAUCCUCAUCGUCCACCCAGUCGCCUGCCUCCUCACCCUAAUAUGCUUCGCCCUCGCCGUCGCCGCACACUUCCACUCUCCUGCCCACUCUCCACGAUUCCUGCUCGCCCUGCUCAUCCUCACUUUCCCGACCUUACUGGUCUCACUCUUGGCUUUCCUGGUCGACCUGCUACUGUUUGUGCCCCAUGUAGCUUGGGGCGGCUGGGUCGUACUAGCAGCCACAGUCUUGAUUGUUGCAAGCGGCGUCGUGACCUGUGCCAUGCGCCGCACCCUCGUAUCCCGUAAAGCGCGCAAGAAGCGCAUUGCCCAGAACGCCGAGAUGAACGGCGAAAACUUCUACGCGGCGCGCGCGGAGCAGCAGGGGAACUUCCUGCCAAGAGCGGAGAGCCCGCCGCCGAUGGGAGCUGAUGGCACACCGGUGGGAGAAGGGAAGGGGGCGCAGUUUGCAACAUUUGAGAUGCGCAAGAAAAACAGUGAUGACCGGGAGCCGUUGAACCCGAAGAAUCCGAGCGUGAGGAGUGCAGGAACGGACGGCGGUCCAACGGUGACAAGCAUGUCUGAUGAUGGUGCUGGCCGGUACGGGGAGCAGGGAAGAAUGGGUCAAGGGCUUGGUAAUGUGCCGAUGGGAAGAGGGAGGGGAGCUCCGAGGGAUCAGUACGGCAACCCGCUUCCGCAGCUGACGGAAAGGGGAUAUGGCCCGGGUGCACCGGGAUUCAUUCCGCCGCUGAGACAUCACGGGAGCAAUGGAACUAUGGGAUCAAACAGAUCUGGCGGCCCGCCACCAACUUACGGGAGAGGAAGAGGCGGGUAUCCUCCGAGAGGAGGCUAUCCGCCACGCGGAAGGGGUGGACCGCAGGGUAUGCGAGGGCCGCCGCCACCGGGGUGGAACGGGCACGGAAGAGGCGGACCGAUGAUGGGACGAGGAGGACGAGGGCCGUCGCCCGCUGGCUAUGACAGCAGAUACUAUGGCGGGCCCCCACCAGGUGUAAACGGUGGUCCGGGCCCGAUGUAUGGAGGACGGAUACCGAUGCCAAGAGAUGGCUCACCCGCGCCUGGGCCGUACCCUAUAGGUCAGGAGCGGAUAGGGGAGGCGGUCGAGAUGGAUACCAUGAACGGCGUGCCACCUCAGAUGGGCAACAACUACGGCUUGAGAGACAGCGACGGAGAUGUGCAAGGCAUGGUUGGGCUACAGCAAGGACUGGCGCCGUCGGGACGGAGAGGCUCGGGCACGCUUGCCAGCCCGACUAGCGCAUACUCGCAUGAGAACUACGUCCCGCCCCGCACCAAUUGGCAAAAUAACCUCUCUCCAACCAGUCCUGAUUUCUCCCAUCCAAAUAAUCAACGAGGCGGUCUUUCGCCCAUCGAAGCUUCCCCUGUCGAACUAGCAGGCGAUACUCUAGUCCAGCCGAUGGCAACCAAUUUCUCCAAACCGACCUCACCCCGCCCACGGACGCCCAAAACAGCCGAUUUCGACCCGCUAGUCCACCAACCGCACGACCAACCCCAGAACCCUAUCCCCGACCUCGGCCAAGUACCGCCCCAACACCCCGCCGCGCCUUUUCCCAGCCAAAGCAGCAACCACACGCGCAUGAACUCAAGCGACAACUACUACGAAGACGUAGACCCACGCUUCGCAGAGCCCUCACCCCAAUCCAGCGCCGCAACCCCACCCGUGGGCGCCACGCUUCCCUCCGCGCUAUUACCAGGCAGCACUGGUACUCGCCCCCUCCACUCCGCUAACGAUAACGCGACGACAUACCUCCCGCCUGCCAGCGCCAGCCACGGCUUCCUCCACCCAACCAACACGCCCCCCGGGCUGGAGCGCAACUCCUCGUACGCAGAGCUCCCCGUCGGCGCCCGCAGUCCCGCCGAAAGCGACAACUCCCAGUUCACGAGCGUGAGCCAGCGGCCCGUGAACCCGAACUGGCGGCCGCCGCAAGGAGGCGCUCCGGGUCCGGGACCGCAUCAUGGGCCCCACAGCCAUAGCCCGCUGAACCACGGCCCAGGACCGUAUGCCGCGCAGCCGCAGCAGCAUCUGCAGCAGGGGUAUUCCGCCGGGCCCGGCCCACAAGGCCCAAGGAGGCGGCCGAACGAGCAGGAUGUGGUUCUGAACGCGAAUCCGGAUUUCUCGGUUCCGGGCAUGGGGCCACCGGGACGGCUGAGGCAGAAUAGCGGCGGUAGGGGUGGGGGCGCGAUGGGUGGGAUGACGAUGCCGAUGGCGAGGGGGAUGGUAAGUGGGACGAGUGGCGGGGCGGGGAGUGCGGGGGGGAGGUAUCCGGCGAGGGACUCGGUGGGGCCGGAUGAGUAUAAGCUGUAG